AUGUGCAAACACAUCCUCAACGCCCAAGUGUCGAUUCGAUCCCCCUGCUGCCGAAAAUGGUUCGACUGCGCCGAAUGCCACCAGGAACAAGAAGCCCACUCUCUCACCAAAACCACUGAAAUGGUCUUUGCCUGUAAGAAAUGCAAAAAGUGUUUCCGCAAGGAUGCCGCCGAAUUCGAGGACUGUGACGAAUACUGCCCUCACUGUGACAACCACUACGUGAUUGAGGCAAAGACACCUAUGCCCGCUUUGCAGGUUGAGGGUGAGGAUGCGCGCAAGGACUCGAGAAUGCUCAAGGAUGAGCGUGUGCGUGCUGACCAGGAGCGGACCAUCUUCUCCCUGGGCAAUGAUAUCUCCGACCGGUUGGGUUAG